GGUGCUCUGAGACGUUGGCUAGCUUUCAACUUUCGCCAUAAAACCUUCGUUCCCACUCCACAACUUCCUUCCUCCUUCAUACUCCACGACUUCAUCCUUCGUUCACACUCCACAACUUCAUCCUUCUUGUUGUUCUCUCCUAGGUGCUUCUCCUUCUCCUCUUUCUCUCUCACUCGUUCCGUCUUCCUCCCUUGAUUGUCACUACUUUCCGCGUUCUCCUCGAGACAUCCUCCUCACCAAACUUCCUUCAACCACCCACUCACUACUCUCCACCACCACGCAUCGCUACAACAAUAACACCACGACCACCCAUCGCUACUCCAACAACAGCAUCACACUACACGCGCUUCUUUUCCAACACAACCGACAUGGCUUCUACUGGUACAGUAAGGCCGUCGGCUUUCGAAGACGAAGACACGUCGGCCAAGCGCAGAAAGAUCGCGUACGAUUCCGAGAACGAUAGCGGCGAUGAGCUCUUCGAUGGAUACAUAGAAGAGGCGACACUACCCUUGAACACGGCCACCCCUACACAGCUGCUCAAUAGCUUGAUUAGCCCCUCGAAACCUAACGGUGUAUAUUCGAGUGUUGCGACACAACCACUCACAUCAUCUCCUCCUCCACUGUCCUCCUUUACGACUCAGCCAACACAAGCUUUACCAACACCAACCAAGCCGACACAGCAAGCCCUCCUUCCUCCCCCUACUCCGACGCCCGCUGUCCAGGUGGAGGCUUCGUCGCCGAUCACCAAAUCGCCGCUCAAGCCAUCCGUGGAACAGUCGCAGUCGAAGCCUGCUCUACCAGAAGAUGGCAGCGUCAGGCCUUUUGAAUUCUAUGCGACAAAGUCUGCCAAUCCCAAUGCCGAAGCCGAUGCCGGUGAGGCCCUUACGAAGCCUAUCAAACUCGAUGACGAUGGUCCGAUUUACAUUGGCUCUUCUUCGGAAGAUGAGGACAAGCACACGUUCAAGCCCGUGUUUGGUAGUAGCCCUGUCAGACGCCCAAUUCCUUCCCUGAGCGCCAUCCGUGGUCGCAAGGAGCACGCCCUGUCGCCUCCAGCUUCGGUUCCCGAGUCGCCGAUGGGGAAGCCGUUGACCAGACUGCCUUAUGAACCGACGAAGGCUAGCAAAUUACCUUACGAUCCGACGAAGAAGACGGGAAGGUUGGAUUCAUUGGCGAGACGGCCUCUUCCGGUUGGUGUUAGCGCAUCCAUGCAACGACGUCCUGAACCAGCUACGAGCGCGGCGGAUAUCUCAGUUGAGAGCAUUAGCAAUGUCGAAUAUCGAGCAACGGUUGCGAGGAUGAAGUCGGUGCUACCGCAGAAGAGGGUUAGUGUGCUUUUGAACGCUUUGAUUCAGGCCGGAGGACAUUACGAUGACGCCAUGGAGCAACUACUCAAUUCUGUCGAUUUGACCGGUGAAGACGGAGGUGCCACUGCUGCUGCGGCCAUCAAGACGGCGAAUCGUGGAACUGGAGCCGGUAAAGUGGCAAUCAAGGAUAAAUGGUCGAAGACGCAAGUCAACAACCGCGACCUCGCGUCUUCCCCGCCAGCUACCACGGUUCCAAAGAAGAGGAAGUUGGUGAGAGGAUCUAACAGGACUUCCCGCGAACGAAGCGAAUCGCCCGCCGCUGCAGUCAUCGCUGAUGACUCGGAUUCCGACGCCGCCGGUGGUUCAGAUUCGGAAGAUGAUCGCGAAUUCGAGGUCAAGGUUCUCAGUUACAUCAACGUCUGUAGUGCCAAAGAGCUUGCCGACAUCGCAGCUACUACAGAUGAGAUUGCGGAGAUCAUCAUCGCCCAGCGACCAUACAAAUCGAUAGACGCGAUCCGAGAGGUUGCGGUGCCGGCUCCCACCAACGGCAAGAAGAGAGGUGGCAGGAGUAAGCCCAUUGGAGACAAGGUCAUCGAUGUUUGUCUAGAGACCAUGAAGGGUUACGAAGCGGUCGAUUCAUUGAUCAACAAGGUCGAGGCAUUGGGAAAGCCUAUUGCGGAGAGCAUUAGAUCCUGGGGUGUGGAUGUUCAGACCGGAACUACAGCAGGAGAAUUGGAUAUGACUGAUCUCCACGUUGGUUCGGAUACUGGCUCCGCGAAGGAUUCUGGCAUUGGGACCCCUACCGAUGAAGGAGACAACGAUGUCACUGGAAAGAAGCGCACCAAGACUGUGACCUUCUACGAUCAACCCAAGAAUAUGAAGGAAGGUAUCCAGCUGAAGGAUUACCAAGUUGCCGGACUCAACUGGCUCGCCCUACUGUACGAGAAGAAAUUGAGUUGCAUUCUCGCCGACGAAAUGGGUCUGGGAAAGACUUGCCAGGUCAUCUCGUUCUUUGCGCAUUUACUCACGAAGGGUAUUACUGGUCCUCACCUUGUUGUCGUACCUUCCUCUACCUUGGAGAACUGGCUGCGAGAGUUCGCCAAUUUCUGCCCUGAGUUGAAGGUUGAGCCCUACUACGGUAGUCAGAAAGAGAGACCGAUGAUGAGGGAGAUGCUGCGUAAGAACCGCUCGUGGAAUGUUCUGGUCACCACAUACCAGCUCGCUACUGGAGACAAGAACGACCGAGGCUUCCUGAAGAGUUUGAACUUCAACUGCUGUGUCUACGACGAGGGCCAUCUGCUCAAGAAUGGCAACUCCAGCCGCUACGAGGCUUUGGUCAAGCUCCCAGCCGAAUUCAGACUCUUGCUCACGGGCACUCCACUUCAGAACAACCUCCAGGAAUUAGCUUCUCUGCUGGCGUUCAUUCUGCCCAAAGUCUUCGACGAGAGGAAGGCCGAUCUGGCCAGUAUUUUUAAGUACAAAGCGAAGACUACGGUCGACGAGGAAGCGAAUGCCGCGCUGUUGUCGCAGCAGAGAAUCAAGCGGGCAAGGGCGAUGAUGACACCCUUCGUGUUGCGCAGAAAGAAGGCUCAAGUGUUGAAGCAUCUUCCGACGAAGACUUCCAGAGUGCAGCUAUGCGCUCUGAACAGCGCACAGAGCAAGAUCUACCAGGAGCAGAUCGCCAACGCUAGGGAAUCCCUCGAAGCUCGUGCUGCCGGAAAGAAGGCCAACAAGUCCAGCAGCAACGUCAUGAUGCAGCUCCGGAAGGCGGCCAUUCAUCCACUCCUGUUCAGAUCCAACUACCCCGACGAUAAGUUGCGGAAGAUGGUGAAGGACAUCAUGAAGGAGGAGGCGUACCGCAACAAUAACGCGGACUACAUCUACGAGGACAUGGAGAUCAUGAACGACCUCGAGUUGACGAGGCUCUGCGAGAACUUCCCGAAGACGAUGGGGAAGUACGCCCUCAAGAAGCAGGAGUGGAUGAAUUCCGGCAAGGUCGACGAGCUGAAGAGCCUCUUGGUCGACAUGAAGAAGAACGGGGACCGCGUGCUGGUUUUCAGCCAGUUCACGCAGGUCCUCGACGUCCUCGAGAUGGUGCUCACCACUCUCGAUAUGGGAUAUCUUCGGAUCGACGGGAGCACCGCGGUUGAUGCCCGCCAGGACCUGAUCGACCAGUACCACCAGGAGACCGACAUCAUGGUUUUCCUGUUGAGCACCAAGGCAGGUGGCUUCGGCAUCAACCUGGCCUGUGCCAACAAGGUGGUGAUCUUCGACAGCUCCUUCAACCCCCACGACGAUGCUCAGGCGAGCGAUCGUGCCCAUCGUGUCGGUCAGACGAGACCCGUAGAGGUCAUCAGACUGAUCACGAAGGGCACGAUCGAGGAGCAAAUCCUCCAGCUUGCGAACACCAAGCUGGCUCUUGACCAGAGUAUCAGCGAGGGGGACGAAAAGGCCAUCGAGGGCAAAGGGGAGGAGCUGGUGGCGAAGAUGUUGCUGCAGUCUACUGCAGCAACUUCCACCACCAGCCCUCUCGCGGCGAAUGACGAGGAGAAGAAGGAGUAGACGGGGGGCCGGGGGGGGGCAUAAAAGGUUUUUCUGCGUGUUUUUUUGUUUUGUUCUGUCUACAAUUUCAGGGUAGAUUUCUUGACUAGAGUGGUGUGGAUUCACGCCAGUUUUUUUCCUUCCUUUCACAUUUUUUUUCCUCCUCUACGUAGGGGGCCGGGAUACCUUCAUUCGUUCGACACAUUUCUUCUCUUGUUUUUCGUUAGGGUAACUCUUGUCUGCGUUCUUACUUUACUUUACUUUACUGUUGCAUGUAAACAUCUAGAUGGGCGGGGCGGGGCUGCGUGUUGUUGUUUCUUGUCUGUUACUUUGGUUUUUUCCGCUGGCGUUGAUAAUGGAGGUUUGUUGGAUGUGUGAGUCGAUGCUCAAGUGCAGAGGUUUUGUUGACGCUUGUAUGUACGAGUCGGCUAAGGGGGAAGUUGUUUCUAGGCAGUGGGCGGAGGGGGACAAUGGGGGUUACAUAUGUGGGGGGAGGGAAUUGAAG